CAUAAGUUGCUCUUCGCAUGCGGCCCAUUUUAGUGAAGGAUUUCUCCCCACUUGUCAUCCAAGCCUCCCACUGAACAAGGAGCGCCACCUUAAAUGAACGAUUUACACUGAUGUCGAGUGGCUGCAAAUACUUUGGGCCAUCUGCUUUUCUUCCCUCUGAAAGCUGUUGUUGUCUUUCUGCACUGAGUCAGUUCCUCACGCUGCUGUUUCCAACGUCUUAUCAUCGACUCAUUAAGGCAAAGCUCCCAUGCAGCAGCUCUAUUUCCUUUUCCAACAGCCAGAUCGAUCGCCUUCGACUUGAAAGCUGCAUCAUAUGCAUUUCUCCAUGUCUUUGCCAUGAUGAGGGUGACAAAAUUACUACCGUAAUCAGAAUGAUGGGAAGUUGGAGCGUGCUCGAUUUACGUCACAUUAUGUGACGGUGCUCAGUUUUUUGGCGGCAUGAACCUUGUGAAAGCGGGGAAAAUCCAUAAAUUAGCCGCAUCAUUGUAUAAACCGCGAGGUUCAAAGCGUGGGAAUAAAGUAGCGGCUUAUAGUCCGGAAAUUACGGUACUUAAAUAGAUGACUUGCCCAUUCACCCUCUGAAUGACACACAUACACAAACGUCUCAAGGCUAAAAAUACAUUUAAAAAAUAUUUAUUCUGUCUCCUUGCCUUCAUCUACACUGAUUGAAGUGGACUUAACAAGAGACAUCAGUAAGGGGUCAUAGCUUUCACCUGGAUUCACUUGGUCAGUCUGUCAUGGAAAGAGCAGGUGUUCCUAAUGUUUUGUACACUCAGUAAAUAAAGACAAUGUAUUUGACAUGCGUACAUAAAAACAAACAGAAAAUGUUUCCAUCCAAAGAGAGGCAGGUAGACGUAUCCUAGACCCAGAAAGACAGAUAGAUCCUACCUGGAUAUACAGGUAGAUACAGUUGAAGUCGGAAGUUUAUAUACACCUUAGCCAAAUACAUUUAAACUAUUCUUUUUUUAAACAUUUUUUUUUUACAAGUCCUGACAUUUAAUCAGUAACAAUUCCCUGUCUUAGGUCAGUUAGGAUCACCACUUUAUUUAAUGUCAGAAUAAUAGUCGAGAUGAUUAUUUAUUUCAGUUUUUAUUUCUUUCAUCACAUUCCCAUUGGGUCAGAAGUUCACAUACACUCAAUUUGUAUUUGGUAGAAUUACCUUUAAAAUGUUUAACUUGGGCCAAAUGUUUCAGGUAGCCUUCCACAAGCUUCCCACAAUAAGUUGGGUGAAUUUUGGCCCAUUCCUCCUGACAGAGAUGGUAUAACUGAGUCAGGUUGUAGGCCUCCUUCCUCGCACACACUUUUUCAGUUCUGCCCACAAAUUUUCAAUGGGAUUAAGGUCAGGGCUUUGUGAUGGCCACUCCAAUACUUUGACUUUGUUGUCCUUGAGCCAUUUUGCCACAACUUUGGAAGUAUGCUUGGGGUCAUUGUCCAUUUGGAAGACCCAUUUGCGACUAUGCUUUAACUUCCUGACUGAUGUCUUGAGAUGUUGCUUCAAUAUAUCCACAUAAUUUUCCUCCUCAUGAUGUCAUCUAUUUUGUGAAGUGCACCAGUCCCUCCUGCAGCAAGGCACCCCCACAACAUAAUGCUGCCACCCCCGUGCUUCACGGUUGGGAUGUUGUUCUUCGGCUUGCAAGCCUCCCUCUUUUUCCUCCAAACAUAACAAUGGUCAUUAUGGCCAAACAGUUCUAUUUUAGUUUCAUCAGACAAGAGGAUAUUUCUCCAAAAAGUACAAUCUUUGUCCCCAUGUGCAGUUGCAAACCGCAAUCUGGCUUUCUUAUGGCGGUUGUGGAGCAGUAGCUUCUUCCUUGCUGAGCGGCCUUUCAGGUUAUGUCGAAAUCAGACUUUACUGUGGAUAUAGAUACUUUUGUACCCGUUUCCUCCAGCAUCCUCACAAGGUCCUUUGCUGUUGUUCUGGGAUUGAUUUGCACUUUUCGCACCAAAGUACAUUCAUCUCUAGGAGACAGAACGCGUCUCAUUCCUGAGCGGUAUGACGGCUACGUGGUCCCAUGAUGUUUAUAAUUGCAUACUAUUGUUUGUACAGAUGAACAUUGUACCUUCAGGCAUUUGGAAAUUUCUUCCAAGGAUGAAAAAUACUUGUGGAGGUCUUUAAUUAUUUUCUGAGGUCUUUGCUGAUUUCUUUAGAUUUUUCCAUGAUGUCAAGCAAAGAGGCACUGAGUUUGAAGGAAGGCCUUUAAAUACAUCCACAAGUACACCUCCAACUGACUCAUUUGAUGUCAAUUAGCCUAUCAGAAGCUUCUAAAGCCAUGACAUAAUUUUCUGGAAUUUUCCAAGCUGUUUAAAAGGCAGUCAACUUAGUGUAUGUAAACUUCUGACCCACUGGAAUUGUGAUACAGUGAAUUAUAAGUGAAAUAAUCAGUCUGUAAACAACUGUUGGAAAAAUUACUUGUGUCAUGCACAAAGUAGAUGUCCUAACCAACUUGCCAAAACUAUAGUUUGUUAACAAGAAAUUUGUGGACUGGUUGAAAAACAAGUUUUAAUGACUCCAACUUAAGUGUAUGUAAACUUCCGACUUCAACUGUAGAUCCUAGAACUGGAGAGACUGACAGACCCAGAGAGUCAGGUAGACAGAUCAUAGACCCAGAGAGACGGGUAGACAGAUCAUAGACCCAGAGAGACAGGUAGACAGAUCCCAGACCGAGAGAGACAGGUAGACAGAUCCCAGACCCAGAGAGACAGAUCCCAGACCCAGAGAGACAGGUAGACAGGUAGACAGAUCCCAGACCCAGAGAGACAGGUAGACAGAUCCCAGAGAGACAGGUAGACAGAUCCCAGACCCAGAGAGACAGGUAGACAGAUCCCAGACCCAGAGAGACAGGUAGACAGAUCCCAGACCCAGAGAGACAGGUAGAUAGAUUCAUGUACAGCUAGAUAUCCAUUAGAUUUCAGUAUCAUCUGGUUGUCAAUCAAACAACACAAAAACAACAUGAAUAACAUAAAGUAGCAGACAAACAGACACAGAAACAUUCCUCCCUGUGCUGAGGAGGGGCAGUACUCUAGGGGUAAGGAGUGUGAGAAGUCCAGGUCGAGGGGCAUCACUUGUAGGAGCAUGCAGAGUGUCUGUAACCGUCGAUCUAUGGGUUGCAAUUGUGUGUGUUAUUAUAUUGCAUUUGGAAGGGGAAGCUACAUGUAAAACUACUAUGAGGUAUUUGGUCGGGGGUUGGAGUGCAGGGGUUGGAGUGCAGGGGUUGGAGUGCAGGGGUUGGAGUGCAGGGGUUGGAGUGCAGGGGUUGGAGUGCAGGGCUUGGAGUGCAGGGCUUGGAGUGCAGGGCUUGGAGAUCAGGGCUUGGAGAUUAGGGGUUGGAGAUCAGGGGUUGGAGAUCAGGGGUUGGAGAUCAGGGGUUGGAGAUCAGGGGUUGGUGUGCAGGGGUUGGAGUGCAGGGGUUGGAGUGCAGGGGUUGGAGUGCAGGGGUUGGAGUGCAGGGGUUGGAGUUCAGGGGUUGGAGUUCAGGGGUUGGAGAUCAGGGGUUGGAGAUCAGGGGUUGGAGAUCAGGGGUUGGAGAUCAGGGGUUGGAGUUCAGGGGUUGGUGUGCAGGGCUUGGAGUGCAGGGGUUGGAGUGCAGGGGUUGGAGUGCAGGGGUUGGAGUGCAGGGGUUGGAGUGCAGGGGUUGGAGUUCAGGGGUUGGAGAUCAGGGGUUGGAGAUCAGGGCUUGGAGUUCAGGGCUUGGAGUGCAGGGCUUGGAGUGCAGGGCUUGGAGUGCAGGGCUUGGAGUGCAGGGCUUGGAGUGCAGGGCUUGGAGUGCAGGGCUUGGAGUGCAGGGCUUGGAGUGCAGGGGUUGGAGUGCAGGGGUUGGAGUGCAGGGGUUGGAGUGCAGGGGUUGGUGUGCAGGGGUUGGUGUGCAGGGGUUGGUGUGCAGGGGUUGGAGUGCAGGGGUUGGUGUGCAGGGGUUGGUGUGCAGGGGUUGGAGUGCAGGGGUUGGAGUGCAGGGGUUGGAGUGCAGGGGUUGGAGUGCAGGGGUUGGAGUGCAGGGGUUGGAGUGCAGGGGUUGGAGACAGGUCUGGCGUUAUGUGCAGGCCUUAGGGGGCCUGGCCCACCCUACCGCAUCUCCUUGCCCGUCCAAAUAAAAUAUUGAAAUAUUAAUAAUUUAUUUCACAGAGACGCGCACCGACAGAAAGACAUUAAUUCAGUCCAAUUGUGCAUCACCUCAUGGGUCUCCCGGUCAAAGCCGCCUACGACACAGCCCGGGAUCGAACCUGGAUAUGUACUAACGCCUCAAGCACUGCAGUGCCUUAGACCGCGGAUUGUUUAUUUUUUGAGUAAUUCUCCAUAACACAUCAGCAGGUCUAGUAGAUGUACCAUUAAUCCCCUGUCAUUUGGUUACAUGAAUUUCUGUUAAUGUAUUAAUUACAGUCAUUUACCAUAAUCAUUAUCAGACAGGAAACGUUGUUUGCAGAGUUCACAACCUGCUACACUUGUGAGAAACAAGUUUUGGUUUAUUUAAUACCAAUUACCAGAUUUGUCAAUUGUUUUUGUUUGGAGUGCUCCAUGUGAGCAAUGAGCAUGUGUCUGGUUUCUAUUUCCUGAUAAAGUUGAGGGAGCGCACGUGCCUGAGCACACUCAGAAGUAGGCCUACCUGGCCUGCUGCGUGCAAAAGUAGUUAAGUACCCAUUUGGCAAUGUCUGAUUUUUGAUUGUUAUAGCUCACCACGUCCACCACUAAUAAACUGAGCUUCUCAGUCAUUUUUUCUUCACCUCACACAGUAAGUCAACAAAGUCUGUUUUUGUGAAUGACAGUUUCUCAGUAUUUGAAAAAUCUUUCCAACACUCCCGGCCUUGAGAAUCACGCAUCGGUGUAGAAGAACAGAAUAUCUUGAUCUGAUUAUUCCAUAUUACCCAUGGGAUCCCGAGUGGCCCAGCGGUCUAAGGCAUUGCAACUCAGUGCAAGAGGCGUCACUACAGUCCUUGGUUCGAUUCCAGGCUGUAUCACAUCUGGCCGUGAUUGGGAGUCCCAUAGGGCGGUGCACAAUUGGCCCAGCGUCGUCCGGGUUUGGCCGGUGUAGGCCAUCAUUGUAAAUAAGAAUUUGUCCUUAAGUGACUUGCCUAGUUAAAUAAAGGUUAAAUAAUGAAAAAAAUAUAUAUAAUAAUAUAUCCAGUGGAAAUGUCAUAAAAAAAACAGCUGUCUGAGCUCAAUGGCACAAGAAACUCUGAAGACCUGGAAUAGGUUAGCUGAUAUAAUGUUGCACGUUCCCUAGAGACAGCUUGGGGCUGGAUCCAGUUGAUGAAUUGAUACAACGUUGCACUUCACCAGCAAUAGCUCAAGUCAAGACAGAUUAAAAAGGGAGGCAGAGAGGCGGAGUAGAGAGAUGCUUAAUAGUCGACUUUAGGCCAAUGUAUUUUACUUAGUUGACGAUUAAGUUAUAGGCUUACUGCCUUUGGCCUGAAGGCGAUCUCUUGAGUUCAAUGCUCUCAUUUCUUUAGUCACCAGUGUAUCAAUGUGUCCAUAUGGCAGAGGCUAAUGCUCUCGCCUUUGUUGAGUUUUUACUUUUAGCUUUUUAUUGUUUUACUUCAGAUUCAUGGUUGACCAUGUAACACUGAUUUUGAGAGACAAAAACAUUAUUAUUGAAAUGAAACUGUUCCACGAAAAUGCGCAUAUAAACAGAAUCAUAACUGGCAUGCAGAUCGGUAGAGAUGGUAGGAUAAACUGUAGCUUCCCCAACCUUGAAACUCACAAGCUGCCUAUGGUUUUCACUAUAACACUCCUAAAACAAAUGGUGAAUAUGCCAGCACAUGCACAUAUAGGAGGUCCAGUGAAGAAAUGUGCCCGCCAUUAGAAACUCAUUCGUUCUGGCCCUGGUUGGGGAGCAGGGGCUGGAGCUGGCCCUGGUUGGGGAGCAGGGGCUGGAGCUGGCCCUGGUUGGGGAGCAGGGGCUGGAGCUGGCCCUGGUUGGGGAGCAGGGGCUGGAGCUGGCCCUGGUUGGGGAGCAGGGGCUGGAGCUGGCCCUGGUUGGGGAGCAGGGGCUGGAGAUGGCCCUGGUUGGGGAGCAGGGGCUGGAGAUGGCCCUGGUUGGGGAGCAGGGGCUGGAGCUGGCCCUGGUUGGGGAGCAGGGGCUGGAGCUGGCCCUGGUUGGGGAGCAGGGGCUGGAGUUGGGGAGCAGGGGCUGGAGUUGGGGAGCAGGGGCUGGAGUUGGGGAGCAGGGGCUGGAGUUGGGGAGCAGGGGCUGGAGUUGGGGAGCAGGGGCUGGAGCUGGGGAGCAGGGGCUGGGGAGCAGGGGCUGGAGCUGGGGAGCAGGGGCUGGAGCUGGGGAGCAGGGGCUGGAGCUGGGGAGCAGGGGCUGGAGCUGAGUCUGGGGUUGUAAGCUGAAAAGACUAGGAGUCCUAGCCGUACUAGUGGAUCAGAGGAGGAUAGAGAGGGAGUAUAGAGGGGUACUGCAUGGUUGUGCGGAAUAGUGAGGGAGAGGGGUAGCCAAGGUAAAGAGAGGGACUAGUGAGAGGUAUUGAGGGGUGUAUUUUAUGAACCAGUGAGAGGCAUAGAAGUGUUUGUGAGGGUGGCAGUGAGAGUUGUGUAUAUAGUGU